AGGUUUGCUUUUGGUUUCUCGACGACCCCGGUGAAGUGUAUUCGUUCUCUUAAGUAAGACCUCCGUUUUCGGACGCGAAUCCUUUUGGCAUUUUCUCGGAUGAAUUUUCUGCGGAAGCGGGGAUGCCGUCGAUUUUGAGCCCCUAUUUGAACUCGUCAAGUCUCACAUUGUAAUCAAUCGUUGCUUAUCCCCAUGCGACAAGCAUUCGCGUGAUGUACUGAAUAUCAAGCAUUUCCCCGACAAACCAAGAAAAGUUGUCCCCCAUCAUGACGACUCUAUCAUCUAGUGGUCCUCGUAUUUCACCUUCCCAACGACCUUCUGGCCAGCAUUACGAACACGAACGCGGCGUCCUUUCGAGUUUUUCCGAGGCCGACUGGCGCCGAAAGCUUCUGCAAGCGAGCUCGCUUGGAGACCAGGAUAAAGUGCGGGGAAUAGGACCAACAGCUGCACCCUCAAAUCCUGCACUAUCUGCUGCAAACGAGACGGACCUGGUCGCCCGGAUCGCCACGAGUACUUAUCUGAACCUGUACGCGGCCGCAAACGCGGGUAACUCGAGCUACAACAUCGAAACUGCGGACGCCAACCUCCAGUCGCACUUGCUGCUUUCCGACAGGACGGACCAGGAGGAUUUCGACCUCGCAGUGGCCGAUGAGAACUGCGCGGAGCACGGGCGGGGUGUACCACCAGCGGAGACUACUAUAAAAGAAGAAGCAGCCAGAGCCAACAACUUUUAUAAUGAUCCGUUCAGCGUCGGCCCGCGGGGGGACGGGAUUUCGCAAGUAGAACGGGAUCCAGCACUAGUAGACCCAAGCUGGAGUAGCCCAGCUGUCAGCUCCUCCCUCGUGCAGCCAGCGAGCAACGUGUUUACGUUUGCUGGGGAGCCACGGGAUGGUGAUAAGAAUGGCGCAACAAGAGGCUUAAAUUCGAAAGUAGAAGCAGAAAAGGACAACGAAGGACUUGUACAGAAGCAGGUUGAACCGGAAAAUGCACUUAAAGAGAAGCCCAGUACGACCAGCACAGGGUUCCGCUGGACGGAUUUUUUUAUGAUGCGCCGCGCUGCGAGUCCACCUGCCGAAAAAGAACUACAACAGGCUGCUGAUGGUAAUAAAGCAGAAGAAGGACAGACGAGUACCCGCACGAACCCGGAGUUUUUGCCUCCAACAACUGGAACAAACAAUGCGAAGACAUCGGACGCCGGUACAACUUUAAGAAAUGGAGCCGAACAUCAAAACCCAAACCCCCUCGAGAACUUCCGGUGGACGGAUUUUUUCCUGAACAAUGGCAAUAUGACCACGGCGCCGAAUGGCCUUCCGGAGCAGAACCAUAGGCAGCAAUUGGAGCAAGAGAUAAUGGAUACCAGCAGCUUGGAACUGGACGUGGACGGUCUGGAUCUGAGCCGGGACGCCGCGGCCGUGCGGCCAACCCCGCUCGACGCGUCCGGUGCCAUCGGGGAUCGUAGGAAUGGGGCGGGGAGUACUAAUGGUGCUCCCUUGCCGCCUGGCAAACUACAGCCCAGGAAUUCGCCGUUCUGGGACCGCAGAUCGGAGUUUCGAUUCACGAAUUUUUUUCAGCAGCAAGACCAAGGACCGUAUGACAUGCAGACACGGGCGGGAAGGGAUCAGAGUGCGGGCGGACAGGGAUCGGUAAGAUAAAAAGUACAGAUUUUUGACGCAUACGGUUAGCUUUACUAGAUUGUCCGUUCCGGAUGCAGUUGUGGUACAGUUACUGCUAGUGGGAAUCGGAAUUUCCAAUAUUUUCGCAUGCAUAAACGGUGACGAUUUUACCACUGUAGGUUGCCAUCGUGGUGUUUGCGAUUCCAUAUCCAUUGUAAGGUCAAAUCUCGAAUUAUAAACACAGCCUCCUUCCCCUACGAGUACUGGCAACCAGCGCGCGGCGCACCAGGUGCACCAAAUCGCGAUUGCGCACGCGCGGCGGUCGACCCGGUCAGCGGACCGCUUUUUCAGCCCGGUGGACGACCAGAACCGGGUGGCGGUGGCGCACACCCGGCGCAAUAUGCUGGAGCAAGAUUUGGCUUUCUACGACCGCCAAAAGGUUCUUCUGGAGCAGACCUUUCUACCUCCCGAGGCCGACGUUGAGCCAUUCGGGAAGAUGAACAAAUACAAUGCACUAGAUGAGAACACAACAAAUGCGAAAGCUUCUGCAGAUGUUGACCCACUGCACCUCCUCCUUCCCGAGCCGCCCGGACUGGAUUUUCCGGUACUGCAAGCGCGAGAAAUGAUACUUGAGGGCCCUCGUCGUGCUUCUUCUAGGUCCCGCCGACUUGCGGCCCAUCGGCCGCGGAGGCUUCCGACCAUCCAGCCCGACUUUCACCUUGCGCGGAAUCGAACCCGGGCGCUAGGACCGACGGGGACCACGUUGCUUAGUUCCCGGGGGCCGACGGUGGACCUGGAGCGGGGGCCAAGUGGUUUCAGCCGGGCCUCGGACGACCAGGGGACGAAUGGUAAACCGAAUUCAACAGCUUUGGACCAGCUAUUCGAAGCACGAAGCAAUGCGACCAGUAGGUGGAGUAGGAGAAGUGGACGAGGUCAAGAUGCGAAUCCUAGAAGAGCGGGUCUGCAGGAAGAGGUCGAACAGAUGCACCAGCAGGCCGGUCGUGGGCACGACUACGGAGGCGGGAGCAGCGGGGGCACAGCAACGAUGGCAAGGCGCGAGGAAAAGAAAAAGAGUCGUAACGGCGGAAGACCAGGAGCAAAAUCGGGAACAAUAGACGCGGCCGCUACUUACACCAAUCCCCGAGUGACGUUUGAGUCCGAUAAAAAUUUGUUGCUCCCAGAACCAGCAAGAAUGAACGAAGCCGAUGCACCACCGGCGCCGUCCCAACAAGCUGCGAUCGCCCAACAUGGUCGUCAAUCCAGCCUGCGGCAGCCCACGAUCGUCGAGAUUUACGUUGACACCGGUGAGGACGGGGCGAAGGACGUGUACCUGGGGCCGGUGGACGCGUGGGGAAGCCCCAGCGGGCCCAACGGUAUCCUCCGCAUGGCGGACGGCUCGGUCUACAGCGGGGAUUUUGAAAACGGCCAGCCCCACGGGCAGGGCGACUACGAGGGCGAACACUGCUGCUACAGUGGGGAGAUGCAGUGCGGCAAGUUUCACGGGUUCGGGCGCAUUCAGUACAAACUCCAAGUUGUACAGCAGGCGACGUUGGGAAGCAACGGCGGUUAUCGAGAUGAUCAGAGCAUCGUGGUGAAUUACCCGAAGAACACGACCAGCGUGCUCGCUGGUUACGUGUACGAGGGGGAGUUUGAGGACGACCUGGAGCACGGGCAGGGCCGGUACUAUUUCGAGAACGGAGACGUAUACACCGGCUGGUUUCGGUACGGCACGCCGGUGGGGGACGGGAUCUACAGCCAUGCGGAUAGAAGUUUGAUGCGAGGAAACCAGCUUGGUGGUCCGCGGGCGGCGAACAUGGGUCCCGUGUUUUUCAGCGGGAGUGCAUGACCAAGAGGUGGACGUGUUAGGAUAACGACUUCGUAUCUCGUUGCUCAUGGUGGUGAUUGCGCUUCUUAUUUCUCACAAUGAGAAUCAGGUGUUUAUCUGUAUCCGUGUUUUUGUUCCUCCUGUUCAUGAUCGUUCUUUUUCCCAUUCCCUUUGGAUACUCUACCCGUUCCUCCCCGACAGGUAAGUAUGACAAUGUUGUCAAGAAUUGCCUGUUCGAAAGUUCUUACUUUUGAAAGGUCAUCUACUUGCCGUCAUGUAAUCAAUAUGAGGUGUAGAUUGUCGAACACGAGUGCCUUCUACGAACUUAAAU